AUGGGUUUCGUCACUUAUGAAAUGGAGCUCAUCAGCAUCGUCUCUCCAACCAAGUUGUUCAGUGCCAUUGUCCUUGAAGCUGGAGACUUUCUCCCCAAGAUCUUCCCACAGCUUAUUGCAAGCUUCAUCACCAUUGAAGGAGAUGGAGGUCCCGGAACCAUUAAGCAAAUUAACUACGUCGACGGGAAGUAUGUGAAGGAGAGGACAGAUGCGAUAGACAAGGAGAAUUUCAUGUAUGCCUAUUCAGUGAUUGAAGGUGAAGCAUUGAUGAACAAAUUUGAGAAACUGUGUUAUGAGUAUAAGUUUGAGGGAAGGCCUGAUGGUGAUGGAGGAUCCAUUUGCAGGAGCAACAUCAAAUACUACACUAUUGGAAACACUGAGAUGAAGCAGGAGGAAAUUGAUGCCCGCAAAGAGAAGUCCCUGGAAAUGUUCAGGGCCAUUGAAGCCUACCUCUUGGCAAAUCCUGAAUCCUGAUAUUUAGGCUCCUUCUUCAUCCUGAAGGGCCAUUGUCUGAUUCAUUCUCGGAUUUCUGGGUAAUCCACUUGGUGUUUCUUU